CUCAUCUCACACAUCUGCUCCUCUCAGCCCUACCCUCCAGCCUCUCGCGCCUUCUUCAGCCUUCUCACCUUCAGGAACCAUGUCUAGCAAGUCCACCGUGAGGAUCCAAAGCAGCAGCCAGCGUGGCUUCAGUGCCAGCUCAGCCAGGGUCCCUGGGGCCAGCCGCUCUGGCUUCAGCAGUGCCUCUGUGUGCCGCUCCAGGGGCAGCGGUGGCUUUGGUGGAGUGUGUGGAGGAGCUGGUUUUGGCAGCCGCAGCCUCUACAGCCUGGGGGGGGGCUCCAAGAGGAUCUCCAUCGGAGGUGGCAGCUGUGCCGUCGGUGGCGGAUAUGGUGGCAGAGUUGGAGGAGGCUUUGGCUUUGGAGGUGGAGCCGGGAGUGGAUUUGGUUUUGGCGGUGCAGCUGGUAGUGGCUUUGGGCUCGGUGGUGGAGCUGGCUUUGCUGGUGGCUAUGGGGGCGCUGGCUUCCCUGUGUGCCCCCCUGGAGGCAUCCAAGAGGUCACAGUCAACCAGAGUCUCCUCACUCCUCUGAACCUGCAAAUCGACCCCACCAUCCAGCGGGUGAGGACUGAGGAGCGGGAGCAGAUCAAGACCCUCAACAACAAGUUUGCCUCCUUCAUCGACAAGGUGCGCUUCCUGGAACAGCAGAACAAGGUCCUGGACACCAAGUGGACCCUGCUCCAGGAGCAGGGCACCAAGACCGUGAGGCAGAACCUGGAGCCCCUGUUCGAGCAGUACAUCAGCAACCUGAGGAGACAGCUGGACAGCAUUGUCGGGGAGAGAGGCCGCCUGGACUCAGAGCUGAGGAACAUGCAGGACCUGGUGGAGGACUUCAAGAACAAAUAUGAAGAUGAAAUCAACAAGCGCACUGCAGCAGAGAACGAAUUUGUGACUCUGAAGAAGGAUGUGGAUGCUGCCUACAUGAACAAGGUUGAACUGCAAGCCAGGGUAGAUGCUCUCAUGGAUGAGAUCAACUUCACAAGAGCCUUCUACGAGGCAGAGUUGGCUCAGAUGCAAACCCACAUCUCAGACACCUCUGUGGUCCUGUCCAUGGACAACAACCGUGACCUGGACUUGAACAGCAUCAUUGCUGAAGUGAAAGCCCAGUAUGAGGAGAUUGCUCAGAGGAGCCGAGCUGAGGCCGAAUCCUGGUACCAGACCAAGUAUGAGGAGCUGCAGGUCACAGCUGGCAGACACGGGGACGACCUGCGCAACACCAAGCAGGAGAUUGCUGAGAUCAACCGCAUGAUCCAGAGGCUGCGGUCUGAGAUCGACCACGUCAAGAAGCAGUGUGCCAACCUGCAGGCCGCCAUCGCUGAUGCUGAGCAGCGUGGGGAGCUGGCCCUCAAGGACGCCAAGAACAAGCUGGCCGAGCUGGAGGACGCACUGCAGAAGGCCAAGCAGGACAUGGCCAGGCUGCUCAAGGAGUACCAGGAGCUCAUGAAUGUCAAGCUGGCCCUGGACGUGGAGAUCGCCACCUACAGGAAGCUGCUGGAGGGCGAGGAGUGCAGGCUGAGUGGGGAAGGUGUUGGACCAGUCAACAUCUCCGUGGUGCAGUCCACCGUGUCCAGUGGUUAUGGCAGCGGCAGUGGUGUUGGCAGUGGCUUGGCCCUGGGUGGAGGCAGCAGCUACUCCUAUGGCAGCGGUCACGGCCUCUCAGGUGGCUUCAGUUCCGGCAGUGGCAGAGGCUUGGGGGGUGGCCUCAGCUCUGUUGGUGGCAGCAGUUCCACCGUCAGAUACACCACCACCUCAUCCUCCAGCAGGAAGAGCUACAAGCACUGAAGUCCUCCUCUUGGCUGGCCAGUCCACCUUGUCUCAGGGCCCCUGUCCAGCUUCAUGGCCCUCUCUUCUGGUUGCCUUUUGUCUCGUGCCUCAGACUUCUUUUGACCUCUGGGUUAAACUGAAGUUGUCUAGUCUUCAUUUCAUCUCUCUAUAUCUGCUGGGUCUGAGCUUUCAUUUUUCACCCUGAGAAGAUAUACAAUUAGUGCCCUGAAGACAUGCAGAUAUCUUUGUGAUGUUCCCAUCUUAUUAGCAGUUACAUCAAUCUGCCAUUACUCUGGGAAAAAAGUGACCUAUGUCCCUGUGAAGCUCAUUCUACAUCGUCUACACUCUACAGAAUGGGAAUCUUUCCUUUGAUGUCUGACUGUCCUGCUCAUUAUAACUCUACCCACGAGCUGCUCAUAGAACAAUUAAGUGACCAUUCAAUCUUGUCCCUACAUGGUAUUGGCACAACAUUGUCAUCUACAGAGUUGUAGUCCUGUGAUGUUUUUCGCUGUUUCCUUUGCUUUCUUCGGUUGUAUUCAAUAAAGCAAAUUUUUAAUACAAA